AUGGACUGGAUCAGAGGAAGGAAUUUACAGUACAUAGUUGAUCGGGGUAACUUGCACAUGUUCAUAGUGCACUUAAAAUAUAGCCACCCUAGUUACUUGGUGGAGGGGAUUCACGCUGGUUUUGAAUUUAAAAUAGAUUCAAAGUCCAUUCACCUAAAACAAAUAAAAUCAAGUCCUUCGCAUACCCCGCACCACACAGAUUGUAGUACGGUGGAACCCGACCUAGUUGCGCUUUGA